UGCCGAGAAAAGGGCAAAUCUGCAAAGAGAGCACCCUCGAAAACCACCAUCCCACAACGCUCUUGCUUCCACCGGACUCGCUCGCCCCGGAUCCCAUCGGUGUAAAUGGCUGCACAAAGCUGUCAGCAUGCCCUCGCAUCUUCUGUCAUUCCGGAAAUCUCCAUCUGUGCUGUCCCGGGAUGCCACAAUGGCGCGGAAGCUGGGCUGGUCCGGUCGAAGCACAGGCCGAUCUGUUGGACUGCCGUUUAGAUGAGAAGGGCCACGGCGGUCACUCAUGGGCGGGGCUCCCGAGAACUCGCCAGCUUCUGCUCGGAAUGCACAGAGCGUCUGUCAUCGAGCAGGGUGCAACCAUAUCGAGCGGUUCCUCGAUUGAGCGAAGAGGGGAGGUUCUGGGGUUGUUUCAACGGGCCCGACUAAGGGAACUGCCGCCCACACUCUGUAAUGCAGCCGUGUUGCUGGAGUGGCCAGAUGCGGGAGCUCAAGUUGGA